AUGCACUUCCAGGGCGCUCCGGCAGGGUCGGGGUCUCCGACCCGCUCAAUGGUUUCACUGCCCAGGGUGUUUUCUUCUAGUAGAGACCACGCUCAAGGUGUAUUGUUUUGGAUCUUUAUUUUACUGAUUGCCACUUUGGAGCGCUUGCGGUGCCUCGGUCGAGAUCUUCGCCGACGCUGGCGAACCGCGCCGCUCAAGCACACGCAACUGCAAUCGUUUCCGUCGCACGUCGCACUCCUCGGUAACGAAGCAGCGCUUGCGUCGAUCACGAAACACCUAAUAGGACGCGGUGUUCAGAGAGUUACUGUGUUUGAUCCGGGCAAAAGGGAGCAGCGAGGGCGCCUUGGCAGGGCAAGCACUCCAGCGAGGCUUGUUCUGGGCCCUGCAGACGCCACACGUCGCCGUAUUGUGGCCAUGACGGUAGACCAGCGCGAGCGCAUCAGCGAUAACAGAGCCUUCUACGAUGAACCAGACUUGCUACUCACCUUGGAUGGGCAUCUUCACGGGUAUCCGGCCACGGCGCUGCGCGUUACGCACCUCCACCGGCUUGCGAAUCCGAGUUUAUGGGCGGUAGAUGAGGCGCUUCGUCUCUACUUGACAACUGAACGUCGCCAAGGUCGAUGA